AUGCACCUCGCUAGCCACUGGCUGUUCUCCGGCAGCCUUCUGCUGGGGAUUCUGGUUGUUGGUAGCCGCGAAUUCGGUCGGAGUCUGCUCAUCUCCCGGAUGGGCAAUCGGCAGGAUGAGCUAAACACGCGGCGUCUGGCGAGUGCCACCAUUUAUCUGACCAGGAAAUACAUAGCCAGCAAGAUCAACACACUGGUCGUCCGGCAGAGCUGCGCCGACUGUCCCUACGAGCUGACCCUCCGCCAGCGACAGCUGGUCGACCAGGUUCUCGAGAGCCUCGCCCCCGAUCUGAGUGUCCUGCUGCACAGGGGCACGCCCGAGGAGACCUCCUGGGACUACACCCUCUUCGUGGUCAACGACCACACCGCCUUCAAAGAUCAUGUAUUUACCUUUCCCGAUGAGCUCCUCGAGCGGGAGUUCUUCUGCGUGGUGGUGGUGACGGAGUUCCAGAACCCAGCGAGCGUCGAGCGGACGGUGGGCCGCAUUGUGGCCUCCAAUCUGCGGCUGCCGUUCGUCAACGUGGUGGUAGUGGCCCAGGUGGAGGACGGCACGGUGGCCACCUACAGCUACAAGCUCUUCAAGGCCAACUGCACUCCGGGCAUUACGGUGAGGCGGAUCAACCACUUCGACAGGAUGACCGGAAUGCCGCUGCAGAAGAUGCCCGAUCUGUAUCCGGUGCGCCAUGGCCACCUUGGCGACUGUCCGCUGAACGUGGGCGCCAAUCACCUGCCGCCUCACCUGAUUUACAAGCGGCACAGGGACCCACCGCCGCCCAGCAACGAAUCGAUUCCCGCCCAGGAUCUCUCGGGGAUCGACUGGGAUCUGCUCCAGCUGCUGGCCAAGGCGCUGCGCUUCCGGAUCCAACUCUAUAUGCCGAACGAGCCCAGCCAGAUUUUCGGCGAGGGCAACGUUUCCGGAUGCUUUAGGCAGCUGGCGGACGAGAGCGUGGCGAUAGCCAUCGGCGGCCUGAGUGGCUCGGACAAGCGCCGCUGGCAGUUCUCCCGGUCGACGGUGUACCACCAGAGCCACUUUGUGAUGGUGGUGCGCAGGGAUCGAUACCUGGGCCGCUUCGGGCCGCUGAUCCUGCCCUUCCGGGGCAAAGUGUGGGGCGUGAUCAUCACGAUCCUGCUGCUGGCGGUGCUGAGCACCUGCGGGCUGCGCUCCCGCCUGCGUGUGAGCCGUCCGCUGGAGAACCUGCUCCUGGUCAGCGUGGGCAAUCCCAUACCCACGCAACGUCUCCCGGGCACUGGGUUCCUGCGCUACCUGCUGGCCAGCUGGCUGCUGCUCACCCUGGUGCUCCGCUGCGCCUACCAGGCGCGACUCUUCGACGUCCUGCGCCUCUCGCACCACCGGCCGCUGCCCGAGGAUCUCCUGGGACUGAUGAGGGACAACUAUACGCUGGUCUCCAACGGCUAUCACGACUUCUAUCCGCGGCAACUCACCCGCCGCCUGGGCGAGUCCUUUGCGGCCCGAUUCGAGAGGGUUCAGCGAGCCGCGCCAGGCGAACGGCUGACCACCAUCUCGCUGGUGAGCAACCUGGCCUACUGGAACCACCGGCACAGGAACACCAGUCGGCUGACCUUCGUCCGCCAGCCCAUCUACAUGUACCAGCUGGUCAUCUACUUUCCCCGCCGCUCCUUCCUGCGCCCCGCCGUCGAUCGCAAGAUCAAGCAGCUGCUGAGCGCCGGCGUGAUGGCCCACAUCGAGCGGCGGUAUCUGCAGUACGUGGACAAGCCGGAUGUGGCGGCCAAUCACCCGGAGCUCCUGCCGCGGAUCACCAACAAGAUAAUGGAGGGCUGCUAUCGCAUCCACGGACUGGUCAUCGGCCUGGCCACCGGCAUGUUCCUGCUGGAGUGGCUGUCGGGUCGCUGGGAUGGCAGACUGCGCCGCUGGAUGGAGUGGGUGCAUCAACCGAGUCGAAGGACAACGAAGUAG